AAGUAGCUCAGAUAUAAAUUUCCCAAUUAGAUAAUUUCACUUGUAUUAUAUUUAAAAAAGUCAAGUCUGUGAUUGUUCCUCUGAUAAUAGUAAUGGCAAGCAGUAACAAAAUACACAAGUGCGCUCCCUAAGCGCCACCUCUUUGACCACACCUCCUUCUUACAAGCCAACCCUCUGCUACUCUCUCCCCCCACUUGACCCCCAUGGGGAAACCUAGACAAGCAAUUUUCCUGGCUCCUCUUUACCCUCCUCUUAAGGAAAGCAUCACACUUCCCUCCUCUCUUUCUCCUCUCCCCACCUUCUUUCUUUCCACAUGCACCCAGCCCUCCCUCGUCUCCGUUCAUUCAUGCUGAGGACAAGACGCUCGGCCAGGCAUAGCUUAUACACAUUCACGUCAAGAGCAGGUGGAGAGGGAGGGAGGGGAAGAGCGGCGAGGUGCCGUUAGCGAGGAGUCAUUUUGGCGGAAAGAGGAGGGAAUCAGGGAGCGAUAAGGAGAGAGAGGGAGAGGAAGAUCUCUCAGACUGCCUCUGAUACAGUAUUGGGUGUGUUACUGAGAGAGUGUGUGUGUCCUGUAGUGAGGUGUUGUUCACUAUGGCUGGCAGCCUGUUUGGAAGGCUCUCCCUGGAGGAGGGGGACUCAGCCAACUCCCUAGAGGGCCUGGAUAUCAAGCUGGAGGGAGAAGCCAUGCAUCAGGCCCUGGACACACUGAGUGACAGCACAAGUUCCACAACUGCCAAUGACCUGGACCUCAUCUUCCUCAAAGGCAUCAUGGAGAGCCCAGUGGCUCAUGAGCGAUUUGAGGAACCCAAGCUUGAAGCUGUGCGUGAGAACAAUGUGGAGCUGGUCCAGGACAUCCUCAAAGAGCUGAGCCCGCUCGCGAACAGAAGCCAGGCAGCUGAUGAACUUGUUCGCAUCCUGAAGGAACCCCACUUCCAGUCCCUCCUGGAGACUCAUGAUUCUGUGGCAUCCAAAAACUAUGAGACUCCACCACCGAGCCCCUGUUCAUUCAUGGACGCAGCCCUCAACAACCAGCCGGUUCCUCCAGACGCAGUCAGGAUGGUCGGCAUCCGUAAGGUGUCUGGUGAGCACCUGGGAGUGACUUUUCGAGUGGAGAGCGGCGAGCUGGUGAUUGCCAGGAUCCUCCACGGUGGCAUGAUUGACCAGCAAGGUCUGCUUCAUGUUGGCGACAUCAUCAAGGAGGUGAACGGCAAAGAGGUCGGCAACGACCCCAAAGUCCUCCAGGAAAUGCUGAAGGACGCAAGCGGCAGCGUUGUACUGAAGAUCCUGCCCAGCUACCAGGAGCCGCACACACCUAGACAGGCCUUUGUGAAGUGUCACUUUGAUUACGACCCGUCUCAUGAUAACCUGAUUCCAUGUAAGGAGGCGGGGCUUAGCUUCAACAGUGGGGACAUUCUGCAGAUCUUUAACCAGGAGGACCUCAACUGGUGGCAGGCCUGUCAUAUAGAAGGUGGCAGCGCAGGUCUAAUUCCAAGCCAGCUACUUGAGGAGAAGAGGAAGGCUUUUGUGAAGAGAGAUCUGGAGCUCGCUACUACAGGUCCUCUUUGUGCAGGAGUGGUGGGUAAGAAGAAGAAAAAGAUGAUGUAUUUGACCACCAAGAAUGCAGAAUUUGAUCGUCAUGAGUUGCGGAUCUACGAGGAGGUUGCCAAAGUCCCGCCCUUCAGGAGGAAGACUCUGGUUCUGAUCGGAGCUCAGGGUGUCGGCCGUCGUAGCCUGAAGAACAAACUGCUGGUGUCAGAUCCCCAACGCUAUGGCACCACAAUCCCCUUCACCUCUAGAAAACCAAAGGUGGAUGAGAGAGAUGGCCAGAUGUACUCCUUUAUGAGCCGCAGCGAAAUGGAAUGUGACAUCAAAAACGGGCGUUUCCUGGAGCACGGCGAGUAUGACGGGAACCUGUAUGGCACAAAGAUCAGCUCCAUACACGAUGUGAUAGAAACAGGAAAGAUCUGCAUCCUGGAUGUUAACCCACAGGCUAUUAAAGUCCUGCGGACAUCUGAAUUUCUGCCCUAUGUUGUGUUCAUCGAAGCCCCAGACUUUGAGGUCCUCAAAGCUAUGAAUAGGUCGGCAAUUGAGUCAGGAGUUGUCACAAAACAGUUAACACACUUCUCCCUGACACACUCCUUUCAGGACUCAGAACUAAAGAGGACGGUGGAUGAGAGUGAGCGCAUCAAGAGAGCCUAUGGACAUUACUUUGACCUUUGCAUCAUAAACGACGGCCUGGAGGCGGCGUUCCGAAGUCUACGGCUUGCGCUGGAGAAACUGUCGACAGAGCACCAGUGGGUGCCUGUCAGCUGGGUUUUCUGAGAGUCACCGAGAGCUCGCCAGCAAGGUGCCAAGGUCACAGGCCAAAGGUUGAGGGACGAUACAUCACUGGUAGCUCCAGAGGGGGGGUGGGGUGGGUUGUUUCCACAUGCAGCUAUUGGUGGCAGAGGCGUGUGGUGAAGAAGCGGAUACACUGCAGAAGACCAGCCUCAUGUAGAUCAUUUUUUUUGUACAAAGUUAGUGUUCCUCUGUUGAGCCUAAGGUCAAGUUGUACUUUAUUUGUCAGAACUGGAAUAAAGCUCUAUUGAUGUUUGUAAAGAAGGACUUAGAGGUAAUUAUGAGGUUCAGUGCAAUAGUGCGAGUGAGUGUGCGUGUGUUAUCAUAAAUGUGGAUAUAGACUUAGAGUAAUGCAUAUGUUUUGCAAGUAACAGUGCUAUGUUGGAGGUUUUCCUUGAAGGACAUUUAACGUUUUAGCCUUUGAAUCUUAAAUACUUUAUGUAGUGUAAUGUUUACAUUGGAUCGGUAGGACAGAUUGGUUAAGGAUAAAAGAUACCAAAUGUCAUAUUUGUAUCAAAUUCUCUAUAUUUUAUCAUUUGAUCAUACAGUAUGAUUGUAUGUGUUCAGAACUGUGCGUGAUCUCGUUUGUGUCCACAGAUUUGAAAACUGAACAGCAAUAGAUCAUUUUGAAGAUACAUGCAAUACACACGAGAUACCCUAAUGUGCACACACACACACUCUCAUAUAUAUAUAUAUAUAUGUAUAUGUAUACAGAAACAGAGUGAGACCUUCUGCAGUAUUCCUGAAGUCUCAGUUUGUUUUAGUUGCUUUUCAAUGUUGAAUACGUUGAACAUUUCCUGUCCCGUGCUGGUAAAGCUCUAGUUUGCUUGACAGUUAAAGGAUCCAGCCAGUGGAUCACAGCGUGUCACUUCUGUCUGCUUGAUUCUGUCGGACUUGUAUUUGUAGCACUGAGAACACUUAAGCUCUAUUAAGAAAAAGAAAGAAAAAUACCUGACGAAGUAGCCUACAAUAUGCACUGAUUGUGUAAUGAAGGCAAACAUGUAACCUAACAUUGCUGGUUGGCUAGUUGAUGGAAGUUUUUUUGUUAUUUUCAUGUACAAACAGUAAAAAUAUUUAUCAGUGGCUUCAAUUUAAUGCUUACUUUUGCCUUAACAUGGUUGAAAAGCCAAGGAAACGUUAUAUUUUUUCAUCAUGUAACAUUUCACUUCUAUCACUGUACAUGUUACUCAGAAAAUUAAAAAAAAAAUUCUGGCAACGUA